UCCAACACAUCGCCAUGAGGUCCCUGCUGGUGCUCGUGUGUGUGGCCAUCCUCGCCGCCGUGGCUCAGGCUGGCGGCUACGGGGGCAUCGGCGGCUUUGGCGGCGGCUUUGGAGGCGGUUACGGCGGCGGCUAUGGCGGCUACGGUGGUUAUGGUGGCGGUUAUGGCGGCUACGGACACGGAGGCUACGGUGUUGGUGGCGUAGCUCGCAUUAACUAUAAUAUUUACCGAGGUUAUGGUGGAUAUGGUGGUUAUGGCGGCUAUGGCGGUGGAUAUGGCGGUGGCUUCGGUGGAGGCUAUGGUGGCGGAUACGGUGGUUAUGGUGGUGGAUAUGGUGGUUAUGGCGGUGGAUAUGGUGGAUACGGUGGUGGCUAUGGAUAUGGAAAGUAAUGUAUGGCCACAUCAUAUUGUUUAAUUUAUGUGGGAUAAACCAAAUCACGUGUUCAGAAUAUAUACUUAAAUAAUAAAUUUAUAUUUUAU